AUGGAGUGCAGCGUUAGAGGACAACGAGAAGAAGCUAAAAUACGAAAAGCGUUGGAAAUCGAGAAGCUUGAAGCCAAAGAAGCAUUGAAGAUAAACCCGACACGUUCAUUAACAAAGCUUUUGGAUCUACCACUUGUGAAUAUCGACGUACCAUUAUCAAAAAGCAUCCUUCGAGAUCGUGUAGAGCUAUCAAAAUUAUUACGCAGACUGUUGGUUGCAAAUGGAGGGAAAAUUGAGUAUUCGACUUUGCUGCAACUUCUGGAUAUCGAACGGCAUGAUGAUCAAAGCUUUUGGAUGGAAACAAUAACUCCGGGUGUCCAUGAAUUUGGUGGCUUUUAUUGGGAAAUCGAUCCGAAUGCUCCCGAGAAAGCGAAACGUCUUUUUUCAGCUGGUAAAAGCUCUCAAAGUGACGCCGUGUUUUUUUUUUGGCUCAAGCUUCGAGAACUUACAUUUGACGAGCAGGAAGAUCUUCAAAAGUUAACAACGACUCUAAACUUUAUACCCCAAAUGAUUGCCUAUUUCCUAGAGAAGGAGCUCGAGUUUGAAGAAAAAGUUAAUAUUUGCAAGAUUUUCGAUUUGGAUCCCGACUCGAGCUUGGUGUUAAUAGCUAAAUUGUUCAGUGAUGUUUUUACCUACGAUAAUGUGAUGCACAGACUGGUUUUUCACAAAGAGAAGUGGGCGAAAGAAGAUAAGAAGACGACCGGUCUCGAAGAUGGCAAGCGGUCGGCACAUAGA